AUAAGAAAUUUUGUAGAUGGGAACUACGAAAUCUGUAACAGCGAAAGAUACUCGGCUGUAAUCAACAGGGCCAAAGACUCAAUAAGUAGAAAAGUUGACCAGGUUUUUUUCGCCUGUUUUUUCAUUCGCUCUUUACGGUCAGUGCUUGGCGAUCUGUUUGGUCCUUAUUAUGUUAAAAUACCUGACGAGAACUGGCCUACUUUUCUUGCUAAGAAACCGGCGCGUCUUCCUAAACAGUCAGAACAUUGGUUUGACCUCUGGAUGCAUGGUGACUGUGCUUUAUCAGCUCCAGGAAUUCAUCUCUGUGGCGGAAAACUCCCUGGUUUAGAAAAGGCAAUUUUAACUUUCUGGAAACAGCACUGUUCCGUUUGCUCAAAGGAAGGGGCUACCCUCGAAUUUGGAGGGAAAAUGUUUCAUUACCCCUGCGCUUAUCAGAAAGGUUUUUAA